AUGGAAAACUACACCUACAACAGCAUGACUCUCCAGUUGGAAGGUCUGAAGGUCACCAAGGACUCUGUGUACCCUGUCUUUUUCUCUCUCUUGGCGUCCUACAUUGUGAUCAUGGUCUUGAAUGUCGGUAUCUUAGUUCUGAUUUUCAUCGACAAGAAUCUCCACCAGCCCAUGUACCUACUGUUCUGUAACCUGCCUGUCAGUGACAUUAUUGGAGGCACUCAUGUUUUGCCUCGGCUGAUUUCAGAUAUCCUGCUGCCUCCAUCUGAGCGUCUCAUCAGUUAUUAUGAGUGUGUGGUCCAAGCUUUCACCACACAGUUUUUUGGCACCACGUCCCACACCAUCCUCAUGAUCAUGGCUUUUGACCGAUAUGUGGCCAUCUGCAAUCCUCUGCGCUACGGAGCCAUAAUGACCAACAAGAUGGUGGUGAGGCUGACGGUGUCUGCCUGGGGAGUGGCCGCUGUUUUUGUUGGGAUUCUGCUCGGUCUGACCAUCCGAUUGAACACAUGCAGGACUCUGAUCACGAAUCCGUUCUGUGACAACGCCUCUCUGUUCAAACUCUCCUGUGAGAGCGUGGUCAUCAACAACAUCUAUGGCAUCACUUACACCGUGGUUCUAUUAGCUUCUUCCCUCAGCACCCUGUUUAUCACCUACACUAAGAUCACACUUGUCUGUCUGACCUCUAAGAACAAGUCUCUGAACAGUAAAGCCUUGAAGACCUGCAGCACUCAUCUCAUUGUGUAUCUGAUAAUGAUCAUAAGUGGAGCAAUCACAAUCACUCUGCACCGCUUCCCUCAGUACACAGACUACAGGAAAAUCUCCACCAUUAUGUUUGUUAUCAUCCCCGGCAGCCUCAACCCCAUCAUCUAUGGAGUUCAGUCCAAAGAGAUGAAAAAGUUCUUAAGUCAAAUAUUUGUUUCCAAAAAAUGUUUCUCAGCUGUUAAAAAAUAA